UAAAAGAUAUAUUUCUGUGAUUUUUCCAUGAUGGCUUCUAGAACCAAAAUUAUUAAGCUAGGGUACACACUGACUUAUUUAAAACGAUAGAGUAUUGUCAGAAGUCUCCCUAAAAUUACUGUCCUGAUUGUUUGAUGAAAAUAAUAUGAGAAAUAAAUGGAAUUUCAUUGAAAUUAUAUGCAGGGCCAAGCAUACUCCAGACCACUUUUAAACGAACUUGCAUUAUUUAUAUUUAUCCAGAGUUUUCAGCAUCUAAAAUUACCUCAUUCCUAACUCCGGAUAACUGUGGCAUAUCUUCUGGGGCUGAUAUUAAACUUUCACUUAAAUCAGGAUCUAAUUAUUAGGUAUUUAUAAAAUUUGUCCAGCUUCCCCUAAAAAUAUGGCAAAAGAUAUGCUGACCACCCAUAAUAUUAUAUAUUACCAAAUUCUGCUUUCUAAACCAGUAGCUAAAUA